AUGUCUGUGCAACGCUCCCCACCAUCAUUACGUCAAUUGGACCCUCCAAUUAAUAUAAUCCACUACAACUCAGAUUCGGCCCUUAAUGUGUCCAAUGCCUCGGAUGGGACUGAUAACUAUUUUAACACUACCAAACGACAGAAGCGUACUUUCGAUGAGGUCAGGGAGCAGCCGGGGUACUCUAAUGAGAUAAAGUCUAUGCUCGAUCAAAUAAUGACUCAACAGGAAACUAAAUUUGAUUUAUUAAAUAACACUCUCGCCACUGUCAUGACACAGAACCAGGCAAUACAGAAAUCUGUUGAAACUUUAACCAAUAAGCACGAUGCCCUCCUCAUGAAAAUCAGUCAGCUGGAACGAGAAAAUGGCGCAUAUAGGGAGCGAAUAUCGACCUUAGAACGAAAUCUAGACAGCCUAGAAAGGAGUGUACGACGUUCGACGAUAGAAAUCCGUUUAAGCCUCUCUUUACAAUUUGAAAUGGAAACAAAUUUAAUUGAAGGAAUUGACCAAUACGUAGAACAUCUUAAAGAUCUUGGUCUUUAUUCGUUUAAACAGAUUGGCAAGAUAAUAAUAAAAAAAUUAAAUGUAGAAAAAGAAAUAACUAAAGAAGUCAAUGAGAUUAGUGAAAAAUUUGUAACGACAAUAAAAAACUACUGUAAUCAUGUGACUGAAACAUACGGACGCAUAGAACAGAAUUCUACUCUUCUCGUUGAUGAUGAAUUCUUGUUUCGAAAUAUAUUAGAAACUGCUUGCAAAUAUUUAUACCGUGCCCAGCAGCACUUACUAAAAACAGUAACUAAGGAAAUUAAUUCGACAAAAGACAACGUCGAGAAAAGCCAACUUGUUGUGGAUAUUAUAAAUAAACAAUAUAUACAGGACAAAAAAGGAGAAUUGAAAUACAUUUGUAAAAAAUAUGAAGUUUGCGCAACAUAUCCUGCGUUUACUGAUUACAUUGAAAAUUUUAUAAUUGAAUUACUGAAACUAUCUGAUGACAAGUUAACAACAUUUAUGUAUCUUUUAAAGAAUAUAUUAGAAACCAAUAACGAUUUCCAGAUUAUAACCUACAGAGUACAAGAAAGAAAUAUAAAUAUUAUUAAAGUAGCUCAAGAUUUAUGUGUAAAAACUGGUGUAAAAAAGUGCUUGAGUGCAGUGCAAGCGGUCCUAAACCAAAGAUUUAAGAUACUAGUUUGUCCUGACAAGGCACUGUCUGUUAAAAUCCAAGCAGCUAGAAUUCUUCUAGAAGUUAUGGAUAAAACUUUUCAUCAUAGCCAUGAUGUUGAACUUUUAUUUGAUUAUGGAACUACUAUUGACGCAAUAAAAACAUGGAAUAAAGAUGAAUCGUCAUCCCCAACAACUGUUGUAAAACUCUUUUUUAACCAGAUUCUUAGAACCUCAACUUUGAGUGAAAAUUCCUUAAAAGGCGCUUUAAUUGAAGUUAUAGUGACUGGGGAGCCUGAUUAUGAUGGGUUUAACAAGCUGUGUUUUAUAAGCGAAGUGAUUUCAUUAGAAAGUUAUGAGUUUCAAAACUUUGUAGAACUAUUAAACGAAACUAUAAAUUUUGAUGAAGAUUUUGUGGAACUUAUAAAUGCAAAUGACAAUAUUAUAAAAAUAAUAAGCUCAGCUUUUGCAAGUCCUGGUAACGUAAAAGAAUCCUUGGAGGUGUUAAGAGCACUCCUCAUUCAUAGAUAUAAAAUAGUUCACAUUACAAAUCUGAAGAGGAAAAGAAAAAUUCAAGCUGUACGGACUAUUUUGGAUACCUUGGAGAAAGUGUUAAGUUUUGAUCAUGGCAAGCAGUUCGACUUGAAUUUCAAUGUGGCAAUAAAUGCUGUUAAGAGAUGGUCUAAAGUGAAAACAGAAGAUGAGUCUAGCGAUGAUAUAUCAGACUUUAUGAAUAGUAUAUUUAAAGUUUUAAAAAGAAGCGGAGAUUAUUUUAUUCCAUAUUUAAUUGAAACUAUACUAACAGGUAAAAUAACAGAGCAAGAAGAAUACAAAGAUUUGUUUCGUGAUGGCUCCAAAAAUGUGUUUGCUGCCGAAGAGACAUUCUAA